UUUCCCUCCCUCGCGCAAUUCGCUCCUUGUAUUGGGGUGGAUGACGCGGCACCCAUACCUGUGCUGUGUGCUUCUUGCGCCGGCUGGGCGUGCAGCCUGGGGAAGGAAGGGUGAUGGGGAUGCGGCUGCCAUGGUAACACGUCGAUUAGAUUCAGACCUUUGUGUGUAUUUAUUUAUUUAAUAUUUCAGUUGCGUGCGUGCGUGCCUGCCUGAGAGGUGACGGGUGUUUUGGAAGUCAGCCUGCAAUCGGAAUCAGAAUAGUAAGACUGGUGUCGCGUUCCUUUUGAGUUAUGAUUGGCCAUAGAAUUGCCUAUUUAAAUAUUUGGCUAUUCCUUCUCAAGCUCAACAAGUUAUUCCGGUUGGAACAGUUCUUCAUGGAUAUAAUUCAUUCAAGUGCACUUCAUUUCCUUGCAUGGUUUGAUUCAUCAAGAUUCGUUUUAAAAACAUGUAAAUGAAACGAAGGUUUUGUUAAUCGUAAACGAAUAGGAUGGGCUCCAAAGAUGUCGCUGUAACGGUCCAAGGAUGUCAUUGGGAGUGACUGGAGAAGUGGAAGAGGAGGGGAAACGAGUCUGAAAUAGCAGAACAUUUAUCCGGGCGGGUUUGGAGACGUCACAUAUUCUGCACUUGCCCAGGUUGUCUGUUCUGUUUGUGUGUUUCCGAACUGGAUUCCGAAAAUAACCCUAAUGCUGACGUUAACAGCUUGUCUUGUUUUACGUGCCCAGACAAAGGGGAUAUUAUUGGGUGUUAGGCGAGUGUCGACUAAAUUGGGGGUACCACCACUUGCAUAUGUACUCUUGCUUAUUUUCGUGUCUUUGUGUGUGUAUCUCUGUCUGUGUUUGAAAGCGUGUUUCAGUAUAAAUCGGUGCGUUGGUGAGUCAGACUGUGUGCAAGUGUCCGUCUGUGUGUGUCUCGUGCCCGUUUGUGUCCGUUAAAACAAACCAAUCCGUGCUGAUGAGGCUCACGUGUACUUGUCAUUCAUAGGUAGCCAACCACCCAAAACUACCACCUCAUCCACUGUCAAGAUGAACUCUUACAGAAUACUACCAUGUGUUGAUGAGAGCAAGAGGGAGACAUAUCCUUGACAACCAGAGAGGGAGGGUCAAAGAGCGACCUGCGUCAUUAUCCCUGAGAGAGAGACCAGGAAUUAGGUGCCAAUAUGCCUGGUGUGGAAACGCUGAGGGCGGCAGUAGAAAGGAGAAGGUGGGCCUCAGGCCAGGAGAACAAGGGAGGAUGGAGAGAUCUCGAUGAAGAAAGGCGAGCUGGGGAAAGGAGGAGAUAAGAGAAAGCACUGACAGCAUAUUUUUGGAGUGACAAAUGUAUUGUUUUUACGUGGCAAACACCCAGAGGUGGGGUUAGGAUGCACAGAUCAGUGGAGAGGAGACAGAUCACUGCAAGCCAUUGGAGAUUAUAAAAACUUGAGGUCAACUAUUUAAUCACCACCUUUCUCUUUCCCCAGACAGUCUUAGCUAGUAGCCUGUUAUUAGGCUCCUAGUUGAACAUUGACAGGACAUAUUGUCCCGUUUUGACAAUCUGUUUCCAGAGGGAGAGUGACAGGUUAUAUUGAUCUCCCUUUGUCCCCCUUCUCCCUGGUUAGGGGAUGGAUGGGGUGGCGGGAGGUGUUGGGCCCCCUGGCGGGGGUGAGGGUCGGCCGGGUCGUAGUGGAGGAGACUCUAAAAGGCGCAGUAAGGGCAGCCUGCCCUCCCCAGGGUACCGCCUCUCCCAGGCAUCGCUGGAGGGUGACAGGUCAGGGGUCGAGGGGUCCGUUUCCGGAGGGGGGCGACGGCGCCUCUCCAUCUUGAGUGCCACCAGAGACGGCCUCCCCUUCCAUUCAGCUGGCACUCCGACCACCCCUGUCCCCCUGCCCCCUCCUCCAGCCCCCUUCUCCUCCACCCAGCAGCGUUCUGUUGGCUUUUCCUCGUCACGCGCCGCCCUUGCCUCCACUUCCUCCUCCACCGGCACCGGAGUGGUCGUUGUAGCGUUGGGCCCGGAAACCACGACAAACACGGCUUGUAACACCGUGGCGGGCACGCCGGAGAUGGGGAGUCUGUCUGGGACGGGGGGCAUGGGGGGGUUUGGGAUGGGUCUAGACGGGGAGGACUACAGCUACUCCAACCAGUCCACCUUCAUCCAGAGACAGUUUGGAGCCAUGCUGCAGCCGGGGGUCAACAAGUUCAGCCUGCGCAUGUUUGGGUCCCACAAGGCCGUGGCCAUGGAGCAGGAGAGACUCAAAUCAGCAGGGGAGUGGAUCAUACACCCCUACAGCGACUUCAGGUUCUACUGGGAUCUGAUCAUGUUGUGUUUGAUGAUGGGGAACCUGAUCAUCCUGCCAGUAGGAAUCACCUUCUUUAAGGAUGAGAACACUCCUCCCUGGAUCAUCUUCAACGUGGUCUCUGAUACUCUCUUCCUGGUUGACCUGGUCCUCAACUUCAGGACCGGUAUCGUCAAGGAGGACAGCACUGAGAUACUGCUAGACCCCAAGGCUAUCCGUCAGCGCUACCUAAAGAGCUGGUUUGCGGUGGACUUUGUGUCGUCCAUCCCUGUGGACUACAUCUUCCUGAUGGUGGACUUGGAGGCCCGGCUGGACUCAGAGGUUUAUAGGACGGCCAGGGCCCUCCGCAUCGUACGCUUCACCAAGAUCCUCAGCCUGCUACGCCUGCUGCGCCUGUCACGACUCAUACGCUACAUCCACCAGUGGGAGGAGAUCUUCCAUAUGACCUAUGACCUGGCCAGUGCCAUGGUGAGGAUAGUCAACCUGAUAGGCAUGAUGCUGCUGCUGUGCCACUGGGACGGAUGUCUACAGUUCCUGGUUCCCAUGCUGCAAGACUUCCCCCUGGACUGCUGGGUCUCCAAGAAUAACAUGGUGAAUGAUACGUGGGGGAUCCAGUACUCCUAUGCCCUUUUCAAAGCGAUGAGCCACAUGUUGUGUAUUGGCUACGGUGCCCAGGCUCCAGAGGGCAUGACAGACGUGUGGCUCACCAUGCUCAGUAUGAUCAUUGGUGCCACCUGCUAUGCCAUGUUCAUCGGCCAUGCCACCGCUCUCAUACAGUCCCUGGACUCCUCAAGACGACAGUACCAGGAGAAAUAUAAGCAGGUGGAGCAGUACAUGUCGUUCCAUAAGCUCCCUGCAGAUGUCCGUCAGAGGAUUCAUGAGUACUACGAGCAUCGCUUCCAGGGCAAGAUGUUUGAUGAGGAGAACAUACUGGGUGAACUCAGCGAACCACUAAAGGAGGCGAUAGUUAGCUUUAACUGCCGUAGCCUGGUGGCUCACAUGCCGCUGUUUGCUAACGCGGACCCUAACUUUGUGACGGCAGUGCUGACCAAGCUUCGUUUCGAGGUGUUCCAGCCCAAUGACUUCAUCAUCCGUGAGGGCACGGUGGGACGCAAGAUGUACUUCAUUCAACACGGACGAGUCGGCAUACUCACCCGUGGAAACAAGGAGACCAAACUCAGUGACGGGUCCUACUUUGGGGAGAUCUGUCUGUUGACUCGGGGCCGGAGGACGGCGAGCGUCAGAGCAGAUACAUACUGUCGUCUCUACUCCCUCAGUGUGGACAGCUUCAACGAGGUCCUGGAGGAACACCCUAUGAUGAGGCGGGCCUUCGAGACGGUGGCCGUCGACCGGUUGGACCGCAUCGGUAGGAAGAACUCUAUCCUGAUGAGGAAGCCGUCCCAGGCGGGUUCCAUGGCGGGGGGCAGCGGUUUGGGGCGUGGGGGUCGAGGAGGAGGAGGGGGCGGGGCUAGGCAUGGGAGGGCUGGGCUCCUGUGACAGCAUGCUGGUUCAGCAGAUUGUUAAACACGACAGCAUGCCAGCCAUGCAGGAGGCCAUUGCUGCUGCCGCUGCAGGAAGGGGAGGGGCCACGGGAGGAAGUGGUACGGUCUCCCCUAGGCCCCACCCA